UUUAAAAGCAUGUCAAUAGCAAACUUUUUAGGUUCAUGACUAUAUCUGCUGAAACUCCUAUUAUCACAUGAUAGUGUAGAAGUGUUGAAGGAUACAAUCUCUUUUAUAUGAUAUGCUUGAGGAUCAUCUUACUAAAUUUAGAGAUUCCCUUUACUGGGUUGACCACAGGGUGAUAAAUAUUUUGGGUAUAGCAGCACUAGAUGACCAUCUUUUAAUUUGGAAAGAAGCUGAAAUGGUAUAAAACAACAAAAAAAAAAUUGAAGAGAAAUGUAAAAUAGGUGAAAAUAAAAACAAACAAAAUAAAAAAGUGAACAAAAGUACUGGAACAUCUGAAAAAAAUCAAAGUAUCAGAGGCUACAGAGGUAGAAAAAGUUUUCAAAUCUUAUCCUCUUAAAUAUCAUUUUUAUUGAUUAAGCAAGAAUCAAUACUUAGACAUGCAUAAGAUGCCCCCCUCCCAAAAAAAACACAUAAAUAAAGUGCUCCAUGAAAUCAAGAUGUAUUAGAUUCUAACAACCAGUAGUAGAGACUAAAUCUCUAAAAGGUUAACAAUGUUUAAUAGAAACAGAAAAUCAGUAAGAGAAUUGUAGGCAAAAUAACCUUAAAGUGAAACUCCUAUUUAUAAAAAUAGGAAGUGCAAGUCAAACAUACUUAAAUAUAGAAAAAACAUUUUAAAUGAUCUUGAAUUAAUAACAAGAAUAGAAAGAUGAAUAUUUGUUUCUGAUAGAAUGAUUUUUUUUUUGUUGUUUUGGUUUUUUACAAGGCAGUUAGGGUUAAGUGACUUGCCCAGGAUCAUAGAUCUAGUAAGUGUUAAGUGUCUGUGGCUGAAUUUGAAUUCCGGUCCUCUUGACUCCAGAGCCAGUGCUUUGAAUACAGGGCCAUCUAGUUUGCCUUCCUCCCCUCCUCCACAAUGAUUUCAAGAAAAAAAAAAAAAAAGAAACCUAAACUUAGCAAAGCUUGGCAUAUGAUUAUUUGUUCAUAAUUUUUAAGUGUUCAUUUUUUCUCUAUAUUUGUUAAAAGUUCUAGAACCAUUGGGAUUUCCCAUCAGUGCAUCUAUAAAAUUAAAAGUCUAUUUUCUAAUUAGAGGUUUUGGUGUGCUUUUACUUCCAGGCCCUUGUAAUAACUAUGUUUACCUGUGAUAUUUGUGGAGAACUAGUAGCCUCUGAACAAGAGAUGAAGACUCAUCUUCUUUUGAUUCAUAUGGAGAAUGAAGUGGUCUGCCCAUUUUGCAAAUUAUCUGGUAUAAAUUAUGAUGAAAUGUGUUUCCACAUUGAAACAGCUCAUUUUGAACAAAAUGAAAAUGAAAAAGACUUGAAGAUGGUUAACCAAGUACAGCAUAGAACUCUUGAUAGAAAAACUGAAAAAGAAAACUCUCAUCAUUGUAGAAUGGAAGUUAAUGAAGAUGUUUAUUCUGCUUGUGCAUCAAGUGAUCACAGUCAUUCUAAGGGUGUUUCUUUAAAGUGUAAAACCUUUCAUUCAGAGAAUUUGACUGAACUGAGAGAGUUACAAGAAAAUAGACUGAAUCAAUCUGAUUUAACUGAAAUAAAUGAAUCACUGUCCAGUAUCCCAGAAUGUCCAUUCUGUGGGAAAAUAGAAGCAUGUAAUGAAAAUUUGGAAACACAUGUGAAAAAAAAGCAUGCCAAUCUUUUAGACACUCCAGCAGAAGGUCAAGAUCAGCCAUUCUUUGAAUGCCCAAUAUGUGGUCUUAUCUGCACAAAUUAUCAGAUCCUACAUGAACAUAUCGAUUUGCAUUUAGAGGAAGGCCAUUUUGAAGGGAUAAAUAAAGGCUCUAAUGACCUGGAAUUGGCUCGUCAGCUCCAGCAAGAAGAAGACAGACAGGGGAUGUCUGAGGGAUCAAGACAAGAAAUAGAAGAAUUCCAAAAAUUGCAGAGACAAUAUGGUUUAGACAAUUCUGGAGGCUAUAAACAGCAGCAACUGAGAAAUAUGGAAAUUGAAGUACACAGAGGAAGGAUGCAGCCAAUUGAGUUUCAUAAAAGAAAAGCUGAUCUGCUGGAAUCAUUAGCUUUUGGCAUAGAUGAUGGCAAAACAAGGACUUCUGGAAUAAUCGAAGCCCUCUAUAGGCAUUAUCAGAAUGAAGCAAGAGAGGUGAGGCGAGUGUGGCUUUCCACAGGAGUAGACCAUUUUUAUUCAUCUUUGGGAGAUAAAGGCUGGGGUUGUGGCUACAGAAAUUUCCAAAUGUUACUUUCAUCUCUAUUGCAAAAUGAUUCUUAUAAGGACUGCUUGAAAGAUAUGUCAAUUCCUUGCAUUCCAAAAAUUCAGUCCAUGAUUGAAGAUGCAUGGAAAGAAGGGUUUGAUCCUCAGGGAGCCUCUCAACUCAACAAUAGAUUACAGGGAACAAGAGCCUGGAUUGGAGCAUGUGAAAUAUAUUCACUACUAACUUCUCUCAGGCUAAAGUGUAGGAUUAUUGAUUUUCACAAGCCUACUGGUCCUUUGGGCACACACCCUCGAUUAUUUGAAUGGAUAUUGAACUACUAUUCUUCAGGCAGAGAAGGAGGUCCAAAGGUAGUCUGUUCCUCCAAACCUCCCAUCUAUUUACAGCAUCAAGGACACAGCCGAACUAUUAUUGGAAUCGAAGAGAGAAAGAACAGAACCCUCUGUUUACUAAUAUUUGAUCCAGGCUGUCCUUCUUGGGAAAUGCAAAAACUAUUAAAACAAGACAUUGAAGGAACCAGUCUCAAACAACUCUGGAGAUUUGUGGGAAAUUUAAAACAUAAGCAGUACCAGAUAGUAACUGUAGAGGGUGUACUUUCUCCAGAAGAGAAAAUUGCUCGGAUGAAAGCUUCUCAAAUCUUUACUGCUGAAAGGAUUCCUUGAAGAACUACAAUUCCUAGAUGAUCUGUGCCAUUUCCUGAAUUAAGAAAUAACUCAUACAAGCAGCUUGCCAAUCUGUAUAUUUAUUAUGCAUUCAGCUGUUCGGAGUACUUUUACAGAUUUUCUAAAAUGUCUGAAUUAUGAUGUCACUUGUUCUUCAUUACUUAAUAAUUGACUUAAUAAAUUGUUUUUAUUACAUUGAAA